AGUGUCUUAUCACGAACUGAAUUUAUAAGUUGAAGGAAAGUGAAACAUAAUUUAAUUGAUUUGACAUCGUCUAUAAUUAUAAAGGAAAAUGGCAAAACUGGUGGUGACUGGAAUACUUCUCCUGUGCUUGUUAUGUAUCUGUGUUGAUGCUAAAAAAAAGAAAAAUUGUCCCAAACAUGAGCAUGAAGUAGCAUGUGGUAAUAGGUGUGAAAGAACAUGUACAAAUCCAACAGACACGGUUUGUCACUCUGCUCCUAUAGAUAACUGUCCAAUUCAAUGUCAGUGUGAUGAUGGUUAUUUACGACACUUGAAAAAAAAUAAGUGUCUUAAACCAGAAAAUUGUUUCAAAUAAUAAUUUACUAUAAAUUUAUUAUAAAAAAUACUACUAUAUGAUGUCGUCUAUAAAAAUUGUAAACCGUUGAUCGAUAUUAGAAAUUUGCAUUUCAAAAUUUUUAAUAUAAAUUCACAAUGACAAAGAAGAUUAUAAUACUCUGAUUAUUUUA